AUGUGGUUCGAAUUGCAUCGUUUGCUGGAAUUCGUCCAAGGUUUCACGGAUAUUGAUAAUGACGAAGCGGUGGAGACACUUCUCAUUGAAUUAGAACGUUAUAAAUCAAGAUUGCAACAAAUAUGCAAAAAUUCUCCAAAAUCUGCCCAAGAUCGAGCAGUUCUUAAAACUGAAGCAGAAAUCAAGGUUGAUGGUACCUCUUUCCAAGUUGAUGAUUUGAUCUGUGCAGAAACUAAAAUUAUAAGUGAUAUUUUCAAUAUAAAUGAGCUGGAAGCGUUGCAGUUAGUGCUAUCAGGUGAAGCUCAGCUUGCCAAUUUCUCAGGAUUGAACCGUGGUCUUGUUGCCGUUAUUUGUUAUUAUGAUAUGCAUCGCUUUCUUGCCGAAGUUCUCCGCAUUGUUUUAUCUUGGGAUAAGUUCUCAAUGACAGAAAAGCUCAAAGCUUUCAUUGAAAAUAAUUUCGCCCAGCUUAGCGUUUUUAAACAUUUGUUAGAACUACAAGGAAAAUUCAAUGUGCAGUCUGAGUUUACGUUGUUAUCACAGCCUGAAGUCAAUGGUCUGGGAGGAACAAGGCAUCAGCAAGUGUUGCGAUCAUUGAUUGAAGACAUUAAUGAAUCAACAUGUGAAGCAUUGUAUUCCGUUUGUGAAUGGGGUUGUGAUAAGAACCGGGAGUUUGCAGCUGAACUAUAUCCCAUACUCAAAGCUGUACCAGUAGCUGAGAAGUUUUCUCCAUUUCACUUAUCAGUUUGGUGCUCACUUGUGAAGUUGACAUCAAGCGAUGUUCUAAGCCAAUCGUCGUCAGCUCAGCAUACUAUCUCUGAUAUGAUCAACGAAAUUAGAAAUGAAACAAUGUGGUCAGAUCAGUCUGUUUGUGGAACAAUACAAUUAGUUUGUGGAAUAUCCAUUAGAGCUAUGGCUGUGAACACUGUUGAUCAUAUGAAUAUUGCUAAUGUUGAUAUAGAUGUAGAUCGUUUGGUUGACAGAGCAGUUCAGAAUCUUGCUUUGAAAUUCGUUCGAUAUGGAAUUCUAGCUUCUGACUCCUUCAAGAAUUGCUCCGCUCACGUAAAACUGGUGGAUACUAUAUUCAAACAAGUAAUUUCUCAUUUCCCCGCUAAGCUUAUGGAAAUUGAGAGAAACAGCGAGGACGAACUUCAUUGGGUUGAUCAAAUGGCAGAAAAGCAGCAACAGGUUACCCCAAAUGGUCAUUUUUCCACCUUUUUGGGAUGUAUUACUGAUUUGUAUAGUUUUGCGGAUUCACCGAAAGUUUCGAAUUCGGUGAAAACAAUGAUUCACAACUUGAGUAUUGGUUACAGCAGUGUUGGAUCGAUGGAACUGUGUCGAUUCAUGGAAAGAGGAAGAAUAGCUUGUCACGCAGUUCAUUCUGUUGGUUAUCUAGAGUUCUUACGAUCAGUCUGUAGAUCGAAAGCUACAGCAGCUUUUCUUUUCGAUAUUUUUGCUAGAGUUCCAGCUCACCAUGAUACCAUGUUUGGAUGGGAACAAGUAAUGGGUGCAUUGCGGUCUUAUGAACGAUUAUUCCGAGAACAUAAACAAAUUGCUCCACAUUUCGGAAAUCAGUUUGCUGCUGCUCCCCAGCCCGUAAUUCCUCCACAAGAUCUCGCUGGCCUCAUUUCGUGGAUUAAUCUAGCUAAAUGUAUUGCGGAAUUAGAUUCUGAGGCUGCAUCUAUGUUCUUGGAAGAUCGAAGUUGGUCACUAGUGGAUGCUGCAAUGGGUGUUAUAGCAGCUCCAGUACCACUAGUACUUAAAGGAGCGUUGUUCCACUUGUUAGCUUCAAUUGCUCGUAAAGAGAUAGCUGUGCAAAGAAUUUGGGCCUCUUUGCAAUCAUAUCAGAUAUGUUCUUUUGCUGAGAAUGGCGCGCUCCUGGGCUUACAACAAGAAUUAGAAGAGAGAGAAUGUGUUGAAAGAAGAUUCGACACAUCCGUUGGAUUCGUGCACUUGAUGAGUUCACUUCUGCAGUUCAGUAUUCCGGACAUAGCUGCUCCUUACUUACAAUAUCUAACAAAGUCUAUAGUUUCACAAAUGGCUUCAAGAUCUUAUGAAGAUGCGCAACAAAUGUGGGAGCUGGCAGAAGUAUCUCUGAAUGCUCUUCUUACAAUUUUGAAAAAGUCGUACACGGAUGCGCGAGCUGUUGCCGUGAGAGAGCCUCACGUUCAACUACUUGUGCAGAUAUUGAAUGAUACACCAGUUUACAGAGCGAUAUGUGCGGUGCUAAUGGAAGAUUGUGAUGUAUUUUUGAGUCCUUCACCGGGUGGAUCAAGUCAUAGACCAUCUCUGAAAGCUGCUCAGAUAGCAAUCGAGAUUUUAUCAUUGGCUUGCUCUCGUUAUAAUGCCUUGAAAUCUGCUAUAAGGGCUGCUAACUCUGAUUUCCUUCUUGCAACCUUGCAGGUCCUCAUGCUUUCUCCUCUGAGACAAACAGGGGAUAAUGUUAUUGACCUAUGUUUCAUUUAUCUUGAACAAGCUGAUGAGCACCCCUAUCACUCAAUGCAUGCUGCUCAGAUAGUUCAUGAUCUUUGUCUUGUUAGGCCAUCAUUACAAUCUAAAAUGGUUGAGCAGAUUAGAUUUAGAAUGAGAUCUACAGGUAUUCAGAGUCAAGUCAAAGCAGUUCGGUCUGUUUUGAAUUGCCAACAGAUUCAGUUCACGAUAGAAGAUCUUUUAAAUAAAGAUAUCCAAGAUUUGGAUCCCCAGUGGUGCAGAGGAGAAACUGCUCGACUUGUUUUAGAAUUUUUGGCAGAUUCUGUGCAAUCAGAUCCUAAGGGGCAAAACAUUUGUUAUUUGUUGUUUGGUUUCAACUCCCCUUCAGGAGGACAGCUAUAUUCUGAUGAUUCACGCCGCACUGGGUUCCACGAAGUUAUCAAAAUUGUGGAACAGUUUGAGAAUGAUCUCCCGUUGAAACUACCAUUUUCAGCUGUUAUCGAACCCGCUUUCCGUUUGCUGCAACUUCUUGUUUCUGUUGAUUGUUCGUAUGCCAAUAAUGUGCUACGAUAUUUGCGGUCGAGCGAUUUGAUCAAGCGCUUAGUAUCAGCUCCAGCUUUAGUUGACUGUCUCGAUAGAUACAAAUCAACCGACGAUACUUCAACAAUGUUCUCGUUAUCACGUAUGAUAGCUGGUUCCGUGCUUCACCUCUGUGCCCUGGAGAUAUCUUACUUACUGAAAAAUGGACAUUAUGAUAUGCCAGCAGAGCUGUACAAAAUCUUGUUGGAUAGCAGAGAAGAUGAUGAUAUGAUGGAGGAAGACUGUGGAAACUUAUUAUUCAACGUCCUACAAAAGAGUCAUAUUCGAGUGAAUGCUGAAAUCGAAUUCCCUAAGUUGAUGCAUUUUAAUGCUCAAAAGCUUCUACAGCUCUUCGAUGAUUGUAAAACUAAAACAGUAUUCGGUAUAAUCCAAAACGAUGUUGAGUGUCUACACUCUCUAUUGAAACGAGAAAUCUUAGCUACUCAGAACGAGGAUAUCGCCUACGUUGAGAGGGAAAUGACCGCAGUUCUUGAAUACUGUACAGAUUUGAAUGGCGAGUUGCUCCAGCGUGGAUCUACAUGCAGUCUCGUAUCUGGUUGCACAGCUCUGCUCAAUAUUGUAGCUGUUUUCUCUCCUGUUCCGUUUUUGUCAACUGUUUCUCAACUCGAUAUUCUGACUGACGCUUCCUUCAUUCUUAUGGAAUUCGCCAGUUCAUGUCCAUCUGAGCCGUUGGUCAAUAUUUGUGACACUAUCCUUAGAGUUUGCAAAGCUAUUUGUGUUAUGUCCAAAGAAAUACACACAGAGGUCAGUUUACGAGUUUUAUUCGUUUUGGUUUCAUAA